CUCUCCUACUGUAUGCCUCCUCGAAAUAUUAGCUGCCAGUGCGGUUAUUCGAUGAUUUGCCUCUGCAAAGACAGCAUGACUAGUUCUGUCACAGCCAUGUGAGUUUAGUGUCGCGAUUCGCAUUUUCAUUUUGGAGGGCUUCAAGGAAGAGCACCCGACCAACCCCCCUGGAGCACAAAUCCAAAUCCGUAUCUUCGCAUGUCAAGCCUCGUUAUCAGCUAUUUUCAACCGUUUGGCAGGCGUUGUCUGGGAUGCCCGGUGACUUUUUGGCGUUUUUUAAUUACCGGUGACUGUACAACAGUGGUCUCGGAACUGUCACAUAGUCUAGGCUAUCAUAGGAGGCACAUUUGGUCUGUCAUGCAAUGGAGGCUCGGAUUUUUACCCUGUAUUUACUUACCAUCGUCUGCUUGUUUCACGUGUCUCUACAGGGACAGCACCAGCGCAGACUGUACAAGGACCUGAUGCGAAACUACAACCCUCUGGAGCGUCCCGUGUUCAAUGACUCCCACUCGCUCACCGUACACUUCAGCUUCAGCCUCAUGCAGAUCAUGGAUGUGGAUGAGAAGAACCAGGUCCUGACGACCAACAUCUGGUUACAGCUGUACUGGACUGACUACUACCUGCAGUGGAACACCACAGACUACCCUGGAGUUACCAAUGUCAGGUUCCCUGACACCCAGAUAUGGAGGCCUGACAUUCUCCUCUACAACAGCGCUGACGAGAGGUUUGACGCCACCUUCCACACCAACGUCCUAGUCAACUCCACUGGCUACUGCCAGUAUCUCCCCCCAGGAAUCUUCAAGAGCACAUGCUACAUCGACGUGCGCUGGUUUCCCUUCGAUGUCCAGCGCUGUGACCUCAAGUUUGGCUCGUGGACGUACGGGGGCUGGUCUUUAGACCUGCAGAUGAUAGAGGCGGAUGUGACUGGAUACAUUGCGAAUGGAGAGUGGGACCUCGUGGAGGUCCCCGGACGGAGGAACGAGCGUUUCUAUGACUGCUGUAAGGAGCCUUACCCUGACGUGACCUUCACGGUGGUGAUGCGUAGACGCACCCUCUACUACGGCCUCAACCUGCUCAUCCCCUGUGUCCUCAUCUCCACCCUGGCCCUGCUCGUGUUCCUGCUGCCUGCGGACUCUGGAGAGAAGAUCUCACUGGGUAUCACUGUGCUGCUCUCUCUAACUGUCUUCAUGCUCUUGGUAGCUGAGAUCAUGCCGGCCACCUCCGACUCUGUUCCUCUCAUAGCCCAGUACUUUGCCACCACCAUGGUCAUCGUGGGCCUGUCCGUCAUCGCCACCGUCCUGGUCCUCCAGUACCACCAUCAUGACCCGGACGGAGCCAAAAUGCCAAAGUGGACACGCGUGGUGCUCCUGAACUGGUGCGCCUGGUUCCUACGUAUGAAGCGGCCCGGCGAGGAGCGUGUGCGUCUGGCCUGCCACAACAAGCAUCCGCGCAACAGCCUCUCCAGUGUGGAGCUCAGUAUGAGCCAGGGGACCCUCCAGCCCACCAAUGGCAACAUGCUCUACAUCGGCUUCCGGGGCAUGGAGGGCAUGCACUACACCACCACCCCCGACUCAGGCGUCAUCUGCUCCAGGCUGAUGGGGGCAGGGGACGAGGAGGUGCUGCUACCCGGGGCCGGGUUGCCCAACUUGGGCAACGUGGCAGGCAGCACCGGGGUGGGGGUGGCGAGCCCCGUGGACUCCGACAUGUCCAAGAUCCUAGAGGAGGUGCGCUACAUCGCCAAGCGCUUCCGGGGCCAGGACGAGGACGAGUCGCUGUGCAACGAGUGGAAGUUUGCGGCAUCUGUGAUUGACCGGCUGUGCCUGAUGGCGUUCUCUGUGUUCACCAUCCUCUGCACAAUCGGCAUCCUCAUGUCAGCGCCAAACUUCGUGGAGGCCAUCUCCAAAGACUUCUUCACCUGAGCUUGUUGUGUUGGAGGAUGGGAGGGAUUGUUUGUUUGUGUGUGUGUGUGUGUGUGUGUGUGUGUGUGUGUG